AUGAGACCAUUCGAGAAAUUGCUGCGUGAUUCUUUGCAGGAUGACGUGUUCUCUUCGUUAGUACUCUUCGCCAAACGUCUUGAUGGCGGCCCAUCACAAUCAUGGCUUGAACAAGCCCCCGUCGACAAGCAAACAGUCUUCACGCUAGCUUCCAGCUCAAAGCUUCCAACCACAGUAGCUGUGCUGCAGUUCGUAGACAGAAGGCUCCUUACCCUAGACACCGACGUGAGCACUUUGCUUUCUGCUCUGAGCCGCCAGAAAGUCUUGGUGGGCUGGCGUCCAGACGGCUCACCUAUCCUCAAUGAGCAUCGCAACCCGAUCACCCUCCGCCAUCUCUUGACUCAUUCCGCGGGUACUAGCUAUUACUUCCAAAACAAAAGCCUUAGACGACUUCGAAGUCUCCAAGGAAGACUCCCGGAAAUUCUGGGGUCUACUAUUGAAGAUCGUUUUGACGACCCGCUCCUAUUCGAACCGAGGGAAGGCUGGGAGUAUGGAUGCGGACUUGAUUGGGCGGGCAAGCUGGUAGAGCAGCUUACCAGCAUGUCGCUGGAAACUUACCUGAGACUAUAUUUAUGGGCACCCUUGGAAGCAUCUAGCGUCAAUUUCUGGCCACACGCCAAGGGGAGACAUCACAAGGUCGCCAGCCUCACGGAAAGAAUUGAAAAUACUGGGAGACUUGAGUUUUCCAUCUUCAGCAAUGAUACGCGUGUACUCCAGCCCGACUCUGUGGAACUGAUGUUUCAGGGCAACUUGUCAGAUCAAAGUCGAGCAGCUCUUCAAGCGUGGUUCGAAGGUCGGAAAUUGACCAUCGGCGACUUUUACCGCGGCGAGCUCUACGAUUGGGGAUUGGGAGGGAUGUUGAUCGACGGUCGUCGCUCAGAGGCGCAGUGCCCUCGGGGUCAAAAGACUUUGGCGUGGGGUGGUGGAACAAAUCAAUUUUGGUUCAUUGAUCGAAGCAACGGCGUCUGUGGUCUUAUUAUGUCUCACGUCAUCCCACCUCAAGACCCUCAGAUCGAGGAAAUCAUCGGCGCAUUUCAGAGGCACGUUUACCGUCACGUUUUCCCAAGCUUUUUGUAG